AUGGCGCUCUUUACACUUGGCCUUCUUCUUCUCGGCGCCAGCAAUGCUAGCGCAGCCGUGACUGGCAACAAAACCAACACUGUAUCACCAGUGGCCCAGAACUGCGGUCCAGAGUCAGCAAACAUUGUUUGCAUCCAGAAGUAUGGCUCAGUUUUGCCCCCAUCAUUCUACCGGGAUGCGGAUCCCACAGUGGGCUAUUCUGGGACCGAGGUUCCAGAUGACCCUUCCUGGAAGCUCGUGAGCACCGCAGAUUUUGUCGUCUUUGAUCAGAAUCGUGGCCUCGAGCUCCUCGGAAAAACUCCAAAAAUCCAACAUAAGUACUUGGAAGUUCUCAACGUCAUCCAUGAGGCGCCCAUCUACGUGCCGAGCCUGAACAAGUUGUUUGUCACGCAGGAUGGCCCUCCUGGCAACCUUACCAAUCUCAUGAUUGACCUGAACACGGACCCUCCCACUAUCAACACCUUUGUCACCAACCCGCCAGUCUACCAGCCAACUGGUGGGAUCCUGCACAACAACACGAUCUACUGGGCAAUUCAGGGCAACAAUGUUUCUCUCCCAGGCGGUGUGCAGCAGCGCCCUGGUGUUGUCCGCGUCAACCCAAGCACGCUUGAAGCCGAAUGGCUCGUCAACAACUACUAUGGCUUUUUCUAUGGAGGACUUAACGACCUGACGGUUGAUCGCUUUGGCGACGUCUGGUUCACCGACAGUGAUUAUGCCUUAGGCCUUGGUGUGUCAAACAUGUCAAACCAAAACCAAUUGGCUACGUACCGAUUUACUCCUUCCACUGGGGAAACCGUGGUUGUCGAGGACACGCUCGCACACCCCAAUGGCAUUACUUUCUCCCGCGAUGGAAAGACGCUCUACAUCACCGACAGUGGUCUUGAGACUGUCGGUCCCGACGCCAGUAAAGGUGCAGGCAACUUUUACGACUACCCAAUCCGCAUUUACUUUACGUCGACCAACAAGCGCAACGUUUAUGCCUUUGAUGUUAACCGCACUCCAAGCAACGGUGUUUACCUUUCGAACAAGCGCAGCAUCUUCCAGUCCCUUGAAGGGAGCCCAGACGGCAUCAAGGUCGCUGCCAAUGGCUAUAUCGUUAUUGGAGCCGGUCUUUCUAACGGCGCAGACAUCGUCGAUGAGAAUGGCUCCGUUCUGGCUCGCAUCCAGACAAACCACCCAGUGGAGAACAUUUGCUGGACUGGCCCUGAGUUGAAGACCCUGUACUUGGUUGGCAUUGGCGGCAUCACCCGUGUGGACUGGGAUCUUGCUGGCCCUGAUCCCAACAACUACUUUGUCGAUUAG